AUGUCAACAUCAACUGAAUCGAGUCCUUUAUUGAUAAAAAAGAAAAAAGGCUAUAUUCAUGAAAUCAAGUGGCUAUUUAAAAAUGCGAUACCCAUAGUCAUUAGUUAUUUAUUACAAAACAGUUUGCAAAGUGUUGGCAUCAUGAAUGCUGGUCAUUUAGGCGCACAUGAACUAGCUUCUGCCACUUUAGGAAGCAUGUUUGUUACCAUCACUGGAUUUUCCGUGGCAACUGGCGCAACUCUGGCACUAGACACACUCUGUUCUCAAUCAUUUACUUCAUCCAACGAUAAAAAGAUUGUCGGAUUACAUGUUCAACGAUGUUUAGCCUUCAUGUCUAUGCUGUACGUACCGAUCGUGAUGCUCUGGUGGAACGUUGAGUAUGUAUUUACUCUCUUACGUCAGGACCCUAUUAUAGCUCGCUUGGCUGCUACCUAUGUCCGUUGGAUGAUCCUGGCUGCUCCUGCAUUUGCCCUUUUUGAAGCUUUGAAGAAGAUGAUGCAGGCACAAGGACUGUUCCAUGCGCCAACGCUUGUUCUCCUUGUUGGUACUCCGCUGAAUGUUGCCCUCAACUACAUCCUCAUCUGGGUUCUUGACCUUGGUUUCCACGGCGUUGCCAUCGCCAGCUGCAUUACUUACUGGGUGAUAGUGCUGUUGAUGAUACUCUAUAUUCGUUUUAUUGGCGGUCACCAAGCGUGGCCAGCAUGGUCCACUACCCAAGCCUUUACUCAAUGGCGCCCGAUGGUCAAACUAGCUGUUCCUGGUAUUCUUCUGAUUUGUACCGAGACAUGGGCUUAUGAGAUUGUUGCCCUGGGCGCAAGCUGGAUCGACACACCCAAUCUAGGUGCCCAAAGCGUCAUCCUGACGUCCAUCACGGCACUGUACACUUUACCCUUUGGCGUAGGCAUUGCAGCCGCUAAUCGUGUGGGCAAUCUCUUGGGUGCUCAGCGACCCAAACAGGCAAGAACAGCCGCACAGACUGCACUGAUGGCUGGUACUCUGAUUGGACUUGGCAACAGCUUCACCCUCCUACUCGCUCGACACAGUUGGGCUACACUGUUCACAGGUGAUAGCCAAGUUGUCAAACUUGUCUCACAGGCUAUUCCUCUUGUCAGUCUCUUUGUGCUCGCGGACAACCUGGCCGGUGUUGCCGAUGGAGUCUUGAAUGGCAUGGGACGUCAGCACGUGGGAGCUUGGUGUAAUCUUGGAGCUUACUAUUUUUGUGCAUUGCCGAUCGGAUUCUGGCUCUGCUUUCGACAGCAUUGGAACCUAUUGGGUCUUUGGUCCGCUCUAGCUGGUGCUCUGGUCAUCGCCUGUGCUAUUACCCUUGCCGUCGUCUUGACAUCUGACUGGAAAAAGGAAGCUCAAAUGGUGGAAAAACGGACAAAGGAAGAAGACGAAGAAAUGGUAUGA